AUGACCUCCCGUAUCAAUAUUGGUCGUCCAGCUUCAACAAGCUAUCACAGUCCAGACCCUCAUGGAUUCGCAAACUCACGCCCUUCUACAGGUUACAGGGCAGCUAACCCAGACCAUCCUCUCGAGAGGAUUCGAGCAGUUGCUAAACAGGUCGAAGACACAAUCGAGAUAUAUUCUCAGCCUUUGAGACCUCAUUUGCCUACUAUUGGCCGGUUCUUGAUCAUAGUCACGUUCUAUGAGGAUGCUUUGAGAAUUAUGACACAAUGGAAUGACCAGCUUUGGUACCUCCAAACGCAUAGACAUUUCUACAAGGGAAUCUCCCACCUCUUCCUACUGCUCAACGUCCUCGUAAGCCCUCAUUCGAAGUACACAGAAUACGCAGUCAUCGGUCUCCUCAGCGUGGUCAUCAUCCAAGGCUUCGGAUAUGGCCUCAUGUUCGACCUCACUUUCUUCCUUCGCAACUUGAGCGUCAUAGGCGGUCUCAUCAUGGUGUUUAGCGAAACCGUGGUCAACGAAAAGAAAAGCUUUGCUGGUAUCCCGUCUAUGAGUGAAACAGACCGCAAGAAAUACUUUCUCCUCGCGGGCCGCGUCCUCCUCAUCUUCCUCUUCCUCGGCUUCAUUUUCCAAGGAGAAUGGGGCAUGGGCCGUAUAUUCAUGUCCGUCUUCGGUCUCUCAGCAUGCACGAUGGUAGCUAUCGGCUUCAAAGCAAAAUGGUCUGCGAUCUUCCUCGUCAUCUUACUCAGUGUCUUCAACGUCUUUGCGAAUGACUGGUGGAGCGUGCACAGUGCUCACCCUCAACGUGAUUUCCUCAAGUACGAUUUCUUCCAGACGCUCUCUAUCAUUGGAGGUCUCAUCCUUCUCGUGAACAUUGGACCCGGUGGUCUCUCGGUAGACGAGAAGAAAAAGACAUACUAGAGAAAAGACUCUUUGUUUUCUUUAUUGGCACCAUAACAACAGUAUCAUCGUUAUCCCGCAGAGGAUGCCCAGGAUCGUUUGAAUGCCUGUCGUGUCGGACACCUCGGUACUCAUACAUAGUACACAUAUCCCGUAUCGCAUUGCCAAUAACUAUGGCAUCGUCGCUUUGUUUCACCGCAUAGAGAUACCAGUCCCCACUGGCGUUUUUUGUACCUCUUGACGCGCGUAAUGUGAGGAUGUGUGAUUUCUGGCGCACAGCAGGUAACAUCUCGAGUCAAAAAUCAAAAGUGAAAAUGCUACCCUAACUGCCUAAACACAUUCUUACUCCCACUCCUCAUGCCCUUCCUCCGCUGGCUCCUUCCUGUCCGUUCACUCUCACUCAACACAACUGCUCUCUCCCCAUCCCCACCCCCACGCUCCAUACCAGCUCCAAACACCUCCACACCCUUCC